UCGGAGGUGCUGCACUUCCAGUUCGAGCAGCAGGGGGAUGCCGUGCUGCAGAAGAUGAACCUCCUGCGGCAGCAGAACCUCUUCUGCGACGUCUCCAUUUACAUCAACGACACCGAGUUCCAGGGGCACAAGGUGAUCUUCGCCGCCUGCUCCACCUUCAUGAGGGAUCAGUUUCUGCUCAAUCAGUCCAAGCAGGUGCGGAUCACCAUCCUGCAGAGCGCCGAGGUGGGCAGAAAGCUGCUGCUGUCUUGUUACACGGGCGCUCUGGAAGUCAAAAAGAAGGAGCUGCUGAAAUACCUCACCGCCGCAAGUUACCUCCAGAUGGUUCACAUUGUGGAAAAGUGUACCGAAGCUCUGUCGAAAUACCUGGAAAUCGAUGCUUCCAUGGAGAAUGGUAAUCAGGCGGCAGAGAGGUGUCAUUCCUCAGACGCUGAACUGAGGAGCGGGGAUGAUGCUUUAGAUAAAGAUUGUGAAAUAAUUGAGAUCUCUGAAGACAGCCCCGUGAACAUAGAGUACCCUGUGAAACAGGAGAAGGGGGACAUCCCGCGGCCUGCAGUGCAGAGCCUGAUCUCGGAAAGAAAGGACACAAAAACCCCGGAAAUAUCAACGGUUGAAAUCGGAUAUAAGGACGAUGAAAUCUGUAUCUUCAGAAUGGAUUCUAUAAGCGUAGCGAAUGUAGAAAACGAUCAUUUUCCUCAGCCUUGCACAUCCUCUAAAACAAACUUGUAUUUUCCGGAAACCCAGCACUCCUUGAUAAAUUCUACAGUUGAAAGCAGAAAUACAGAAAUGUCAGGAAAUCACUUUCAGGCUUUUGUCAGUGACAAUCCAGAAGGAACUUCCAGUCUGAUGAAUGGGUUCCAGAGCCUGGAGGAUUCUGGCACUUCAUGGCGGCACCAAUGCCCCAAGUGUCCGAGGGGAUUUCUGCACCUUGAGAACUAUCUUAGACAUCUAAAAAUGCACAAACUCUUCUUAUGCUUGCAGUGUGGCAAAACAUUUACACAAAAGAAGAAUCUCAACAGACACAUCCGGGGGCACAUGGGCAUCCGCCCCUUCCAGUGCAUGGUGUGCUUGAAGACCUUCACUGCCAAAAGUACGCUUCAGGAUCACCUGAAUAUCCACAGCGGAGACAGGCCCUACAAGUGUCAUUGUUGCGACAUGGACUUUAAACACAAGUCUGCUCUUAAAAAGCAUUUAACUUCUGUUCAUGGAAGGAGUAGCAGCGAAAAAACAAACCUGAACACUGUUACAAAAGUUAAAAUAGACUAUGAUUAACAGAGGGGUGGAUGUGGAGCCAGGCUCCACAAAAAGUUCCUGCCUAGUGAAAUUCUAGAUACAGAUCCCCACGUAAUGGAGAGAAGCACAAAUACGUGACUGCUGAUCAAAGGCAGGCCUUGUGAGAAGCAAACUUGCCUGCUGUAUUAAGGUUGCUAUUGCUGUAAGUGCGAAAAAGGUGCUUACUAGUUGAAAGUAAACUGCAAAAUACGGGAAAUUAUUUCAUGCUUCUCUUCUA